AGUUUUUUUUUUCCCCACAACUCAAGCUCUUCAAUUUUCUAACUCGCUCGCUCGCUUAGCUCAGUCUAUCUCUGAAUAACCAGAGGAGUCAGUGGCGAUAUACAGCCAUGGCCGGAGAUUUUGCAGCGAAAAUCAAAGCCUACAUGGUGCCUCUGAUUCUCUUCUCUCUCGCCAUGUUAUAUCAACUCGUUCUUCUCCCUCGCUCUUUCCCCCCUUCUCAUUACGAUGUUUUGGGAAUAAAGACGUAUAGUUCAACGGAAGCAGUGAAAGAGGCGUACGAGAAUCUUGAAUCUAAGUGGAAUUCAGGGUUGGAAGUUCCUACUACUACUGAAUUUAUCAAGAUUCGAUAUGCUUAUGAGCUCCUGACAAAUCCUAUAUGGAAAAGAAACUAUGAUGUCUUUGGUAUUGAUGAGCAACUUCAUGUUGUGGAAAAAGUCAGCCACCUAUAUGCAGAGGAAAAGUUUUCUAACAUAGAGCUGCCGUUACUGCAUGCUGAUGCUUCUGAUAUUGGAGAUGAUGCUUUCAAUACGAUUACUUCCAAUGAUUUUCAGUCUAUGUUUCAAGAUUCCAAACCAUGGUUACUUCAGGUGUAUUCAUCUGGCAGCAAUCACUGUGCUCAAUUUUCUAAUUCUUGGAAAAGAAUUGCUGCUUUGUUGAAUGGGGUUGCAAAUAUUGGUAUGGUAGAGCUUGGUGAGAUCCAAAUUGCAGCCUACCUUGCUGAGAGAAAGCCAACGGGCCAGUUUUUCUUCAGGAAUGGUCUUCCUUCAUUGGUUGCUUUUCCAUCAGGGUGCAAAACUUCAGACUGUCUAAUCAGGUUUGAGGGAGAGCUCUCUGUUGAUGCAGUUACAGAUUGGUUUGCAAUAGCUGUGCUCAACUUGCCUCGCAUCUUUUACCAUUCGAAGGAGUCACUGGGACCAAGGUUUCUCGCAAAAAGCAGUCCCCAUAAGGUAAAAGUGAUUUUCUUCUCAAAAACAGGGGAGCGUGCAACUCCUGUAAUGCGUCAAGCUGCAAAGGAUUAUUGGAACUAUGCCACUUUUGCCUGUGUCCUAUGGCGUGAAGAGGAAUUUUCUGUUUGGUGGACUACGUUUGGAGUGGAGUCUGCACCAGCUGUAGUGUUCUUGAAAGAUCCGGGUCUAAAACCUCUUGUGUAUCAUGGAUCAGUCAAUGAUUCGUGGUUUUUAGAUGUCUUGGAACAGAAUAAACAGCAAGUGCUUCCUCAAUUAAGGAGUUUGACAUCAAAGGAACUAGGUUGUGAUGCUCGUGGCUAUUCUCGUGCUGGGCAUGAUACUCUGACCUGGUAUUGUGCAAUUCUAGCGGGAAGGCAGGGUCUGGAGCUUGAUAGUAUGCGAGAAACCAUGCGCAGGGUCCAAGAAACUUUAUCGAAGUCUAGCGAGUUGAAUGCAGCAAUUGAAGAUGAGCAAUCAAUAACAGCUGCUGUUGCUUUAAAAAACAAGCGAUUAACUUUUAGCUGGCUUGAUGGGGAAGCCCAAAAGAACUAUUGUUUUUUCUACCUUAAUACUGAAAAUGGUUAUGAAACAUGUGGACCAAGGAGGGUUCCAACUGAUGUCCCCCAGCUAUUCAUUAUCCGAUACGAAAGGAAUGCGUCUGAAGAUGCUGUUAAGGUUGAGAGGAAGGCAAAAAGUAUAUGGGAAUUCCACCAACAUGAAGUUGAUCCUGCAGCACAACUUUCAGUGACUUACAACGGUUCAGCUGAAAUUUCCCAGAUCAUCCAGUGGAUAUCAAAUAUAAUCAAGGAUGGUGACUCCAGGAAUCUCCCAUUCUAUAGGGUAAAAACACCAGAGCUAGUUCCUGAGGACACAGAGCCUUUCUGGUCAAGAGGUCAACAAAGCAUACUUUCCAAAAGCAUGGGAACAAAGCAAAAAAUGCAGGGCAUCAUAAUUCGAUUAUAUGAUUACCUAGGAGAUCCAAGGAUUGGUCCAGCAUUGCUUUUGGGAUCAUUGAUGUCCUUCGGUAGCAUCUGGUUAAUGAGGAGUCAACAGAAUCGUCCGGUUCAGUCAAGUCAACCAGGCCAAGCAGAUAAUGACGAUAAACCUAGACCAAGAGAGAGACGUCAACGAAGAUAUGGGCCAAACAAUGAUAUACCUCCUUCAGUAACGGAUUUGGAACCAAGAGAUUCUUACCAGAUGCCACUGUCAGACUCAGACUAAGUAGCUUCACAUUAUGCAGUUCCAAAAGUUAAAACUUCAUGAAAUAACUGCUGGCAGGUGAUAUACAUGUGUGUGCUAGGAUGAUAGCUUUAAAGUAACAGACCAAUCGAUGAGAGGCUUUCAAGCACAACACAUCUUGAGGCAACCAAUGUACUUUUAUACUUAAGAAUCUGUAAGCAUCUAACACACUUUUUUAAAUUCCAUGAAAAAAUCAUUUGCUGUAGAAGAUAAUCAGCGACUGAAAUUGGCACAUAAUGGAUGUUAGAACAUGUCAAAUUAGAGAUAA